AAGUCACGGAUCUGGCUGGACUAAACCAAAAUAACGUUUCCUCGUCGGUCGCGGAAACGAUUGGCUGCCGUCAUUUUGAUGAUUGAGGCCAUGGCGCAUUGUUUGCUGUUUUGAUCUUUCCAUUCGUCCAAUCCAAUCCAACCAUACUAUCCAAUAGAGCCUACAUAUCAUAGCUACAAUCAUAAGACCACUUUAGACGCUACAGCAUGCAGAAUGAAGACAAUGGCAACGAAGAGCCAGGCCGCCAUGAUGUGACGAGAGCAUCGUAUCCCCUUCCCCUGCCGCUGACGGAACGUCUCCGAAGAGCGGCAGCAGCCUACUCGGCGGGUGGUGAUGAAGGGUCUGUGGAGACCGAGUCGAUCCAAUCGGCCUUGGCAGAACUGGUGGGUAACUCGUUGGAGGCCAUGGAUUCCAUGUAUUUUUCCAGCCCUCCCGUUGUACGCCAGCAUGAGUGCUUUCAGCAUCGCCUUUGCUUACGUGUUCGGGCCGAUGCUGAAGAGCAAACUCUCACCUUGACGGAUUUGGGAGCCGGAAUGACACGAGCCGAUUUGAUCAAUACACUGGGAAUUGGAAAGCAACAGCUUCAGUCACCCAACAAUCGCAAGAAUAAUAAGGACCAGCAGCCAAAUGCCUAUUACUCGACAGAUGAAGACGACGACGACGAAUCCAGUGACGAUGAAGAAGAAGACGAGGAAGAGGGAGCCGCUGCCGAAGACGACGACGACGAAGACAUUUUUGAGGAAACCAACAAUAACAAUAGUGGCGCGCAGGCGCAGCAGCAGCAGAAUAAGCAACCCGACAUGUUGUCGUGCAAAAGGAGCGACAUUGGAGGAUUUUAUGCAGCAGUCUGUGCCUUGGGGCUGGGUGUGCGAGUGGGGACAAAGUCCAAGUUUGACGAUUUCUAUGAUUUUGAGUUGAACGACAUGAGAGGUGCUCCUCUUGCUGACAAUGCCUUUGAACAAUUUAGCAUCACCCGACCCAUGGCUGAAGGAGGAGAACUGUCGGUGGAAAAUGGAUAUGACAAAUUUGAGGAUGUCCGAGGUGAUUCGGGAACUAGCAUCACCAUUCGUCUCAACGACAAGGCCAUUGCAGCAGGGCUUUUGGACGAGAGCAAGUUGGAGCCAAUAUUCAUCAAGAUUCUCGAAACCACACAGUACAGUGUGCAAUUCUCGUCCGAUGAGGAGGGAGCCAGAGCAAUCCUGGAGGCAUCGGCGAAGGAAAAGGCAAUCAUACAAGAGCUCAAGCAACAGGCAAACAAUAAUGGAGAGCUCUCGAUGGAACCAGUGCCGGGAAUGGACGAACAGGCAGAAGAUUCCGCUGAAAUUGACAACUCGCACAAGUCCGUGAAAGAGAGAGCCAAAUAUAUUCCUCUUCGCCUCAGCCUUGCCGAGCGAAAGAUGCUGCGGUUGAUGGAAGCAGCCAUGGUUUGCUGCGACUACACAACAGAGGUGGAUAGAAAGUUCAAAUCGGCGGCUCGGAGAACACACGAACAACUCAAAGGAACGACGGCUGUCUUGCGGGGAGUCGUCACUGCUUGCGAUUACGAAUCAGGGCAAAAGCUGCUCAAGACGGAAAACUUUGCAGAGUUUGAAUCUUUCUUUCAGCGAAUGUUUGAAAUUGCGCGGCGUCACAAAAUCAUGAAUCCUGAAAAAAUGCGGACCGAAUACGGAAAGUUGAUCUUUCUGCUUCAAGACGCCGUCUCACCGUCGGUGCAACCGCAUCUUGCUUUUUCUGCAAAAGGACCGAUCGAAUCCGUCUACAAAUUCCUCGAAGAGAAGGAUGGUCUAGCUCUCCUCUCUGACAAAUUGAUUGAAGUGGCAACACAAGAAAUUUUGGCAGAGAAGAAAACGCGAGCUCGCAUUGACCAGGAGAUUCGGCAGAAAGAGCGAGCGGUGGCCUUGCUGAAACGCAAUUACCGUUCGAGCAAACUCAGCGCAGAGGAGAUACACUUGUGUCUGUAUUCCAUUUGCGACAACAACUCCUUCUUGAACUCCAACCGAGUUCCGAUUGACAAGGUGAUUGAUUUUCUCAAAACUCACGUUUCACCCACCGAAAUCGAAGAAGGGUAUUCACUGAGUAUCGUGAGUGGCGAGGAUGGCGCUAGGUUGUCCCAUAGCCACGAACGACAGUACUACUUUGCCCUGCAGAGUUUGACUCUCUGGCGAGAUAUCAUUGAUGACAUGUUUCGUCUUUGGGCAAUGGCCGAAGAAGAUCUCUUGAGUGAAACUGUCACGUACUCGCUCCAAGAUACUGGUCAGGGAAUGCAGAGGGUUCAACAAUCACCUCGUACCUAUCAAGCAAUGCAGAAGAUUCUUGUUCGGGUUCAAGCGAAAGUUUCACAUUGGAUCGGGUCGAGUGUGAUUCAUAUGGGGGAUCACAAUGUUCCAAAUGCCCUCAGCUUCAUUGACAAGUACACUCAAGUUCCUCGCAUCCUCGGCCCAAUCGUUUCGUGCUUGGAGAAUCUCGAACGCAUAUGCGAGAAAGACGCUGGGAUCAACGAGAUGAUUGAGACAGGAUUUGGCGGACUUGAGAAGCUCCGCAAGGAUAUCCUGUACGACUUUUUCCGCUCGGCAUUUGAUGGGUCUGGUGCGGACAAUUUCUAUGACGCCGGGUCCUGUAUUGAUGGUCGUUUGACCUCCGCUUGGAACUGGUGUUCUCAGCUCCCUCAAAAGAAAUUCUACCCGAUUUUCAAGCUCACCGGCUUCAAAUCGUUCGACGGGGAGUUUGAUGGUCGCUAAAGGGUGGCAAGGGAGACCGCCCUUCCAUACGACGGCGUUUGUGGCCAACACUUCUGCCACGACCAUACGAUCUAGCUAGCUACUAGACAUUGAAAAGCUAACACAAGGUUUCAAUUUUGAUGU